AUGUAUGUAUCUGCUCCCGGAGAUGUCAGAACAUCAGAGGAUGAGAACGUACGAAUGGGAGCCCCAUCUAAGCUUCCCAAGUCCAAAUUUUGCGUAUGCGACCCUUCCCACAACAAAUUACCUCCCAUCCCAGCCAUCAACACCUCAUCAGAGUUGCAUUUGCGAGACUUGAGGCUCAACCAUCAGACCGGUAGCCAUCGGACCGAUUUUGGCUCUUCUAAUCUGCUUGCAAUGCCAAGGGCGAUCGGAGAGAUGGUCACUAGUCUAAUAGGCCCCGGCAAGGCUCCGCUUCGCUCUUGUGAUUUUUGGGGGAGGAAGGGAGGCAUAGGAGUGGCUGCAGGUGACCUGAGAAAGAAACUGCUCAAGAGUGAGCAAGCUAAAUCGAUGAUCCGGAAAACUAGAGUGCAAGAGGCAGUGUCUCCUUCUCUUUCCAGGCUGCCAUCGCCCACGCCAGCUGAAGGUAGUCCAGCUGAAGGCCAGCAACGAUGGGUCAAGAAUACAUUCUUCAUGAAUACCCACUUGUAUGUUCUGCUUCAAGGUCAUGUAUACCUGUCUUUUAACAUUUCUAACCAGCUUGCAACAGAGGGGCCACAAAGUAAAGCUCCCUUCAUUGUUACUGGACUUUCACCUCGGGCUACCGCUUUCAUCCAGAGCAUGAGCAAUCCUAAUGCGAAUGUGAGCCACUUUUAUGAGUUGAUGCUUGAAUCUUGCAAAUGCGUGUUUGAUAAUGAAGUGGAGCAGGCAGCAUUUGAAGAACAGAUGCAGCUUAUGUUUGGAGUCAAGGAAGCCUACAAGAUCUUUACCAACAACAAGCUAAUCAGAUCGAUUAUCAAGCAGGUCCAAGUAAUCCUUGCCAAUGAUGUGAAUGAGGUGCUCUAUAGGGAGAGGUGGUGGUAUGAGUCAAAGGGUGGAUUGCUGAGUCCACAUAAUGCUGAAAAGGUGCUUGGGUCGGAUGAGAAUCUGUUCCGUAUCAACUGGCUGCCAGAAUCCAAGAAGAUGAUGAUGCAGUUAAUUGGGAAGGAUGAUUCCAGCUUUGAUAAUUUAGAGAUAUCGACUGGGCAAUGGCAGGCAUACAUUAAAUCCUAUGUUCAGACUGGUCCGACCACUGAUGUUCCCCAAAUGAAGAUCAGGCAACUAAAUCUACCAACAACUAUUCCAACUGAAGCAAACAUCAAGACAAGUGAUGGCUUGAAGAUCAAAGUGUGUGUUCAUACGUACUGUCUGUUCUUCGUGUCAGAUUCGGAGGAUUAUUUGCCAAUCUUCAUACCCUCUUCUGAUACUUCGAGACCGUUAACCCAAGCCUACCUUAAGAAAUGGUGUGAGUGGUUGGGGGACAUUGACGUCUGGGAAAAGAGAAAGGAGGAGAAUGCAUACCAUGAGAGAGAGAGAGAAAUAAUAAUACAAGAGACGGAAGGACUCCGGCAAGAGGUGGAAGCAGAUAGGGAGAAGGAGGAAACAAGAAGGUUGCAGAAGGAAAUUGACGACUCCGAAUGGGAGCUGGCAUUGCAUAUGGACUGGUUGUCCUCUUCACGGCCUAGCAUGAUUUGA